AUGAGUGUCCCAGUUUCCAUAAACAAUUGUGAUUUUUCUUCUUUGAGACUAAUGGAUCUACGCUCUGUCGGUGAUUUGAUUUCUAUCAAAAAUCAAGAGUUUCCGCUUCUAGUGGCUGCUAAUUUGAGGCCAGAUAUUAUAGGACAUGGAGCUGGCAUUCAUUUGGAAAGCGUCAGCUUCCCUAAACUUAAAUACCUUGAUCUUACAGCAGAUAAAUGUCAUAUUACCAACACAAAAGCACCAUCUCUAGAUUUUUUACAUUUAGAUAUUGCUUGCGUUCUCCCAGGAUCAGAUUAUGAGUUUUUCAAUCAACCCUAUAGUUUGUUUAUCUUCCAGAAUGUUUGUGAAUUUUUGAAAAAGAUUGAUGUUACAAAAUUAAAAUAUUUGGUUACAAGAUUACUUUCAGAUGAUAUUGGCUUUGAGACAUUGAUCAAAGAUCUAGAUUUAUCCAACCUUGAGAGUUUUCAUGUGUUUCUCAGUGAAGAAUAUACUGACUUGUGCGGUGAACUUAUACCAUUCUUCAAUGGGCCAAAUCUGAAGGAAUUCAAGGUUGACAUAUCAAAAGACUCGUUUGAUAAUCUAGGAAAUUUAAGUGAGAAGUUGGAACCAUCAUUUCCCAAUUUGAAAAGGCUUAUUAUUUCUUCUUUGAGGAGUUCGUUCAAGAUACGUGGAUUGGUACACUCAAGCUUAGAGGACAUCAUAAUCACCUCUGUGGAUACUACAUAUAAUAUAUUUACAGGUCAUUUUGAAAACCUUCAAAGAUUCUGUGCUUUGGUGCAUAUAUUUGAGCCUCUGGAAAUAGGUACAUCACAACUGUCACUUAAUCUUUCAGCCCCUAACUUAAAAGAACUCAAUAUUGAAGGUCACUCGCUCGAAGUUUUGGAGCUGUUUAAUUACAAGCACUUAAAGCAUUUACAAAUAAGUGAGUGUGACGUGAAUGAAUUGAUUGGAGCUGGACUUGAAUUGUUAAAUACUUUAGUUUUAAAUAAAAAUUCAGAAAUAGCGCUAGUGAAUAUAAAUGCACCAAAUUUAAAAAUACUUGAAACCCAAUUUGCUCCAGAUGCAAAUAUAGAGUCAUUCAAGCUGCUUGUGGGUGGUGAAAGAAUCAAUGAUACAGAUGUUAUUACCCCUGGUGUUUCGAAACUAUUAGAUUAUGCGUCAGGUAUACCUAAAAAUGUUACAACUUCGCAUGCCUAUGAUUUAAAGCAUUUCACUGUAUCAGAUAUUGAAAGGUCUAUCGGGAGUUUAAAAAACCAAGAACAUGAAAUUGAGAUAUGUGGUCAAAUUAAAAAGUUCAGAAUAUCUGCAGCGGCAGAACGUGAUGAAGAGUCUGAUUACUAUACUGGAGGAUGGCAUUUCACACAUUCUAUCGAAACUGAAAGAGAAGCUGAAAGGUUAAUUCGUGCAGGCGUUAGACCUCGGGUAUGA